AUGCAGGACAGUGAUGAAAGUGACAGACCUCAGAGGCGCACAGCUCUUGUAGCCAGAGAGCUUGCUAAGCUGGACAUAGACAUUGCAGCCAUUAGUGAAGUGCGGUUCGCAGAACAGGGUUCACUGACAGAACACGGGGCGGGCUACACCCUAUAUUGGUCUGGGAAAGGACGUGACGAACGCAGGCUGUCUGGAGUAGGCUUCAUGAUAAAGAACAGUAUUGCCAACAAACUACAGAACCUUCCAGUUGGGCACUCUGACCGUCUGAUGUCUCUCCGGCUUCCACUGCAGGACAACCAGUCCGUUACACUCAUCAGCGUCUAUGCCCCUACUCUCCAGGCAGACCCUGCUACCAAAGAAACAUUUUACACGGAGCUGAGAUCUCUCCUGGCAAAUGUGAACGAAGCAGAUAAGAUACUGGUUUUGGGUGACUUUAACGCUAGAGUGGGCAGGGACCACGAGGUAUGGCCAGGAGCCCUUGGACGACACGGGGUCGGAAACUGCAACGACAACGGGAGGCUGCUUCUAGAGCUCUGUGCAGAAAGGGGACUGAGCAUCACCAACACCUUGUUUCAACAGAAAGCCCGCUUUAAGACGACGUGGAGACACCCACGGUCAAAACAUUGGCACUUGUUGGACUACAUCCUGGUGCGACAGAGGGACAUAGCAGAUGUACUACACACACGUGUCAUGCCCAGUGCUGACUGCUACACAGAUCACAGAAUGGUAAGAGCCAGACUCCGGUUUUCCAUCAAGCCACCAGUGAAGAGAAAAGGCCCACAGAUGAAAAGAUUGCAAGUAGACAGGUUGCACGGUCUGAAGGAGAAAUUCCAGGACAAGUUGAGUGAGCGUCUGAACAGAGACGAGGAUAAAUGGCAGACGGAGGACCCUGAAAACCAGUGGCAGCAGUUGAAAACCGUUCUCCAGGAAACAGCUGCAGAGGUAGUAGGGAACUCAUCCAGAAAGAACAGGGACUGGUUUGAUGAAAACGACUCCUCGAUUGAUGCUCUCCUCCAAACCAAGCGCUCUUGCUAUCAGAGAACUUUGUCCAAACCAGAUGAUCCGCCAACCAAAGCUGCAUACAGGGAAGCUUGCAACACGCUUCAGCGCAAGCUACGAGAGAUGCAGAACAAAUGGUGGACCGACAUGGCGGAGAAAAUACAGUACUUUGCAGACACAGGUAAUGCUCGGGCCUUCUAUGAAGCACUGCGUGCCAUUUAUGGACCUACUCACCGGAUCCAGGCUCCUUUGCGAUCAUCAGAUGGUAUGAAACUCCUCACUGAUAAAGCAGCCGUCCUCCACCGGUGGACUGAGCACUAUGGCGACCUCUUUGGGGACAAACGCCGAGUGGAGGAUGAGUCCAUCCGGAAAAUACCACAACAUGAGGUGAGAACAGAGCUGGACAACCCCCCAACGCAGGAGGAGGUGAAGAAAGCCAUCUCAAAACUGAAGUGUCACAAGGCACCUGGAGUGGAUGGAAUUCCAGCAGAGGUUUACAAACUCGGUGGGGAUGCACUCCUUGAAAGGCUCACUGGACUGUUUGCCACAUGCUGGGAAAGAGGUGUCGUGCCACAAGACCUGCGCGAUGCUGUUAUUGUCUCCUUAUACAAAAACAAAGGGGAGAAAUCGGACUGUUCUAACUACAGGGGAGUUACACUGCUGUCAAUAGCAGGGAAGAUACUGGCAAGAGUUGUACUGGAUAGACUUAUUCCGACCAUUGCUGAGGAAAACUUGCCGGAGAGUCAGUGUGGCUUUAGAGCCAAUCGUGGAACGGCAGACAUGAUCUUUGUAAUGCGCCAGAUCCAGGAGAAAUGCAGGGAGCAAAACAUGGGGCUAUACGCGGUAUUCGUUGACUUGACAAAAGCCUUCGAUAAUGAGUAA